AUGUCUGGAGCCAACAGUGAUCAUCUACACAGGUCUACUUUAACAGUGUAUAAUAACCUGAUGGAUCAUUUUAAUCCUGGCCUACAGAAAUUGGUUACCCUGGGCAACAGCUAUGUGAAAGCCUUCCAAGCCUUGGCAGUGACGAGUGAGGCCUAUUUCACUGCUCUGGCCAAGAUGGGAGAACAAGCCCUGCAUACCCUGUCAUCCCGUUCACUGGGAGACGUUCUCAUUCAGAUAUCAGAGACUCAGAGGAGACUGACAGCUGAAGUAGAGGGAGUUUUUCACUGGUUCCAUGUGGAGGUGUUGCAGUCUAUGGACAAAAAUAUGAAACUGGAUGAGGAGUAUAUAGAUGGCAGUAAGAGAGUGUAUGAGAUGGAGGUGAGGAAUCAGGCGGCGGCCCUGGAGAGACAGCUGAGACGGGGGGCUUACAGAGACUCUUUGGAGGGGAGUGAGUAUAUGCAGUACCUGAGGCAGAGUCAUCAUGAGAUACUGAAGGAAGAGGAGAGGAGAUAUCGCUUUCUAGUUGAGAAACACUGUGGACUCACCCAGUCUCUGCUCUACCUCAUCAAUAAGACCGGGGUUUCUCUCCAGCAGAGAGCAGAGGGAUGGAAAGAAAAAGUGAAUGAAACACGGAGCUCUAGGCCCCGAACACCAACUCCCUCACAAGGGGAUCAAGAGGCACAGCUAAGGAGUUCUCUCACUACUCUUCUCUCAACUGGAGACAGAGAGGAUGACAGAGCCUGGGUUGGGAGAGAGCAGCAGCCUCUGGGUAGAGUGCCCUCUAGAGCUCCGUCCCCUCUCCCCAGCCGUUCUCGUUCCAGUUCGGUGGGGGAGUCUUUGGGGCUGGGUGGGGGUCGGCCCAUGCGGGUCUUGGUCUCUCACCCCCCGUCCUCUAACCCGGUUAUGCUGCCUCUUUCUCGGGGGGAGACGGUCACCGUGCUGGUGCAGGAGCCUCGGAACGGCUGGCUGUACGGCCGUCUGGAGAGCAGUCUGCGCCAAGGCUGGUUUCCUGCAGCUUAUGUCGCUCCUUUAGAGGAUCUCACCCCACUUGGCUCAGGUGGGGCUUCGCUCCGAAGCAACAGCAUGAACAACCUCUUGGAACCAACAGCCUCAACUGGCCAAUCAGAGAAACAGGCUGACGGCAAGAGUUAUAACGAGGUCCCUCCCCAUGCCACGCCCCACCGUAGGGCCUCGGCAGACUUCCGCCCAAUAUCACCUCUUCCGGACCGAAAAACAGAGUCCACAUAUGAAAGCAAGACCAAUCAGAAGAGCUAUAAUGAAAUCCCGCCCCCAACCACACCCCUGCGGCGUGGCUCGGCCGACCUGCGUCCAGUCUCGCCUCUUCCCGAUAGGAGGGCAGAUUCUCACUUUGAGAGUAGAAGGGCCACGCCCGGAGGACAGCCCCCUGAACACCCACUCUUUCCAAGGGGAACAAACCCUUUUGCUACAGUGAAACUCCGCCCCACUGUCACCAACGACAGGUCUUCACCGCACAUUCAUUGA